UUCCUUGUAGGGCCUGUAUUCCCUUCAGAGACUCCUACCAAGUGGCUGAUCAUGUGAAGGACCGUGCUAUUUGAUUUCACUCCUACUACUUUUCAUUUACAUUACACAUUGAGUCAUGAGAAACAACUGUCACUCUCCAAUGGAGGAAACUGCCAUGAUUUACAAAGUCAAGAAGUAAUUUUCUUGUAACCACAAGAUGACUCAGGAUGGAUCAUGAAGCUGCCCUGCUGGAGAAGCAGCACGUGCAUGAUGUGUAUGAGAACACGGCCCCCUACUUCAGCGACCUGCAGAGCAAAGCCUGGCCCCGAGUUCGCCAGUUCCUCCAGGAGCAGAAGCCAGGCAGCCUCGUCGCUGACAUCGGCUGUGGAACUGGAAAGUAUCUUAAAGUAAACAGCCAGGUACAUACCCUGGGCUGUGACUACUGUGGACCAUUGGUAGAGAUUGCCCGGAGUAGAGGAUGUGAAGUCAUGGUAUGUGACAACCUUAAUCUCCCCUUUAGGGAUCAGGGCUUCGAUGCCAUCAUCUCCAUAGGAGUUAUACACCAUUUUUCUACAAAACAAAGAAGAAUCCAAGCAAUAAAAGAAAUGGCCAGGGUUUUAGUUCCCAGAGGACAGAUGAUGAUUUAUGUUUGGGCAAUGGAACAAAAGAACCGACAUUUUGAGAAGCAAGAUGUGCUUGUUCCUUGGAACAGGGCCUUCUGUUCCCAGCCCUUCUCAGAAUCCAGCCAGUCCGGGAGAAAGAGGCAGUGUGGACAUCCAGAAACAAGCCAUCCCUACCACCCCGCUUGCCCUGAGUAUGGCUGUUCCAUUUGUUUUAAAGAGCGAUGUGAUUCCAAACGGUCCCACAGCGUGGACUAUGAACCUGUUAUGGCUAGGACCUGUUGUGGAAACACUUCAAAGGAAGGUGAGGAAGAAAAUGGCAUCUAUAACACAUUAGGAAGAUCUUUUCGUUCGUGGUUUUUCUCCAGAUCUUUGGAUGAGUCCACUCUGCGGAAGCAAAUUGAAAAAGUGAGACCCUUGAAAACCACAGAAGUUUGGGCCAAUAGCCCUGUAUCCAUCCAGCCUUCUCGACAUUCCAGUUUAGACUUGGAUCACCAAGAGCCAUUUUCAACGAAAGCAUCAAGCUUCGAUGAGGAAGUGUUUGUAGAAACUUCUCAAAAACACUUGGAGUGGCUGAGAGCUUCAGGUACUUCAAAGCACUUAAAUGGAGACCAUCAAGGAGAAAAUCAGAGAAAUGGAGAGGGGAGCCUUCGGGACAGCACCAAUACCAAUGAGAAUCAUGUGACUGCAGGUAGCUUAGAGGAAGGCAACCCUUCUGCCAGUAAAAUAUUGAGAAGGAUUUCUACCAUCGACUCUACAGAUUCCAACCCAGAUGACACAAUUUCUGUCCAAGAACAACAGCCUGACAUUUUGGAUUCCAGAGCCUUCAUGCGCUACUACCAUGUGUUUCGUGAAGGUGAGCUCUGUGACCUGCUGCAGGAGAACGUGACCGAGCUCCGUAUUCUGAGCUCCGGAAAUGAUCAUGGCAACUGGUGUAUUAUUGCAGAGAAAAAGGAAAGUUGUGAUUAG